GGAAGGAAGUUGAGAAUUUGAAGACUGAUAAGAAUGCUCUCAUGCAGGAGUUAGUCAAACUUAGGCAGAACCAGGAGAGUGCUGAUAAUAAGUUGCUUCGCCUGAAGGAUCGUCUUCAAGGAAUGGAAAAGAAUCAGCAACAGAUGCUCUCAUUCUUAAUUAUGGCAAUGCAAAGCCCAGGCUUUUUGGUUCAGCUGCUUAAGCCUAAGGAAAAUAACCGGUAUAUGACUGAAGCAGGCAAUAUGCUAGGUAGCACUGCAGAGGAUAGUGAACCAGUAGCUUCUGAUGGUAUGAUAGUAAGAUACCAACCACCUGUGGAGGAAGCACCAAAGCCAGUACUCAAACCAGUGAUAGACUCGAAGAUUCCUCCUGAAUUUGAUGCAUCUUCUGGAGGGAUGAAAGAUUUUUGGAUGAAUAUUGAUUUUGUGAAAGCUCUUGUGGAUGAUAGUCACAUACCUUUUGCCCCACCAGAUUUACAUGACGAUGGUGCUUGGGAAAAGCUUCUUCUAGCUAACCCUUUUCUAGAGAAUGGAGAAGAUGGAAAGAAAGAUAAAGAAUGCCCUACAGACUCGGGUAUGGAAGUUGAAGUAACAGGGUCCGGAACGCAUUUGGACAAAUCACAUAAUUUUGAACUUCUACUGCAAAAUAUGGGGAAUUCUCAUUACUUAGAGAUUGAACCGAUUGUAAAUGGAUCACAGUUGGAGACAUCCGAGAACUUGGAACUUCUAACAGAGCAAAUGGGGCAUUUGACUUCUGAAAGUGACCAUAGGGAUGAAAUCCCUAAGCGUUCUGCAUUGCUUGAUUUCAAAAGCACUACUAAUUUCCUGGAAUUCUGUUUUCUUAGUAGGGAUAUAAUACAAACUUGGAACGAAAGUAAAGACUGCUGCUCGUGGGAAGGCAUCACAUGCGACAAGGUGAAAGGUCACGUGAUUGGCCUUGAUCUUAGCAGGAAUUGUCUUAAAGCCAAUCUAACUACAAAUAGUAGUCUCUUCCGCCUUGAGAAAUUGCAGAGCCUCAACCUUGCUUACAACCAUUUUAGCAAUCUCUCUUUUGGGUUCGACCGUUGGAAGGGUUUGACAUAUCUUAAUCUUUCAUCUUCAAGAUACAUGGACAGCUCUCUCCUAUUUGAUGAGAUCUUCUUGCUAUCGAAAUUGGUUUCACUCGAUCUCUCUUAUAAUUUUGGUUUGCAUCUUGACAAUAUAAAGUUUCAAAUGCUUGUGCAUAACUUAACAGAAUUAAGGUCUCUUAUCCUUGAUUUUGUGAAUAUGUCUUUGGUUGUGCCUUCUUCCUUGCCAAAUUUGACUUCUUCCUUGGAGCAUUUGAGCCUCAGCUUUUGUCAGUUGCAAGGAAACUUUCCAAGCCAAGUUUUUCAGCUAACGAAAUUGGUUUCACUUGAUCUCUCUCUUAAUGAUGGUUUGCUUCUUGACAACAUAAAGUUUCAAAUGCUUGUGCAUAACUUAACAGAAUUAAGGUUUCUUAACCUUGAUUUUGUGAAUAUGUCUCUAGUUGUGCCUUCUUCCUUGCUAAACUUGACUUCUUGCUUGGAGCAUUUGAGCCUUAAAGGUUGUAGUUUGCAAGGAAACUUUCCAAGCCAAUUUUUUCAGCUAAUGAAAUUGGUUUCACUUGAUCUCUCCCUCAAUUAUGUUUUGCUUCUUGACAACUUAAAGUUUCAAAUGCCUGUGCAUAACUUAACCGAAUUAAGAUUUCUUAUCCUUGAUGAUGUGAAUAUGUCUCUAGUCAUGCCUUCUUCCUUGCUAAACUCGACUUCUUCCUUGGAGCAUUUGAGCCUUAGCUUUUGUGAUUUGCAAGGAAACUUUCCCAACCAAGUUUUUCAGCUUCCAUUUCUCCAGCUUCUUGAUUUAAGCUACAACUCUCAUUUAGGAGGUAAUUUGCCCGAGUCAAACCAGAGUAGUACCCUUGAGUCUUUGAUUCUUGCAAACACAAACUUCUCAGGGGAGUUGCCUCAUUCAAUUGGAAAUCUUAAACUCCUAAAGGAAUUGAAUCUUGGUAGCUGCCAAUUUUAUGGAUCAAUUCCUAGAUCUCUUGCAAAUCUUACCAAGAUAACUCAACUAGAUUUUGAUUCCAACCUUUUACAAGGGAAAAUUCCAGAUGUUUUUGAAAAAAUGCACAAGCUAACUUAUUUGAGCUUUUUUCAUAACAGUUUUGAUGGUGAAAUUCCUACAUCAAUGUUGAACCUCACCCAUCUCACUCAUUUGAAACUGUCAUCAAAUAAGCUAUUAGGUCCUGUACCAUCUUGGUUGUUUUCUCUGCCUUCUUUAUCCCAUUUAGACCUCCAAAACAACUGCCUUACUGGACCUAUUGAUCAUGUUAAGAUGCCCAAUCUCAUUUUACAAGAAGUCUAUUUGUCCAAUAAUAUGAUAAGUGGUUCAAUUCCUAGCUCCUUCUUUGAUCUUGUAAAUCUUACUAUAGUGGACCUUUCUUCAAAUAACUUAACUGGCACCAUUACACUCGACAUGCUUUCAAGGCUUGUAGACCUUGAGGAUCUUGAUCUUUCCAAUAAUAGUUUGCUGUCUUUGAGCAAUAAUGGCACUGCUGUUAACUAUUCCUUUCCAAACCUUCGAUCUUUAAAAUUCUCUUCUUGCAACAUACACAAGUUCCCAAGUUUCUUAAGGAAGGCAGAGAAAUUGCAAGAAUUGGAUAUUUCCAAGAACAAGAUUUCUGGUCAAAUUCACAAAUGGGAAAUAGAAGGGAUGUCAUUGUCCAGUUUAAACCUUUCUUAUAACUUCUUGACUGGUAUAGAUUCAUUUGGUUUUGAAAAUCUUGAAACAAUUGACCUUAGAUCCAACUUACUACAAGGAUCACUUCCCAGUUUAUCAACAACUUGGGAUUCUAUGAGAAAUCUCUUCAUUUCAGGGAAUAAUUUGACUAGUGAAAUCCCUUCUUCUUAUUGUAAUUUUACUUUUCUUAGAGUUCUAGUCUUAGCUAAUAAUAGUUUGGGAGGAAAAAUUCCCAAAUGUCUUGGAAACUUGAGUGAUCUCAACAUCUUGGAUUUGCGGAUGAAUAAGUUCCAUGGUGGGAUUCCAAAUUUAUUUGACAAAAACAAUUCAUUGAUAACCCUUCAUCUAAAUGGCAACCAGUUGGAAGGGAUACUGCCACGGUCUUUGGUUAAUUGCAGUAAGUUGGAAAUUCUAGAUGUGGGGAACAACAACUUGAAUGAUACCUUUCCACAUUGGUUAGGUGUUCUUCCAUCGCUACAAGUUGUUAUCCUUCGAUCUAAUCGAUUUCAUGGUGCCAUCAACAAUUCUAUGCCUACAUUUUACUUCCCUCAGUUGAGAAUCAUUGAUAUCGCACAGAAUGAUUUUAUGGGUCUCCUACCGAGUAACUAUUUCAAAAUUUUGAAAGGUAUGAGAGAUGUAGCUCCAGCUGAUAAAGUCAAAUUGGGAUACGUUGGUGACUAUAUACAAUGUUUAAUAAAUGCAAGUUGCCUAGCUUCUAUUUAUUUUUAUAAGGAUUCUGUGAAGGUAACAAUGAAAGGGUCAGAGAGGGAGCUUGUCAGGAUCUUGAAAAUUUUCACAAAUAUAGAUUUCUCAAGCAAUCAAUUUCAUGGACCGAUUCCUGACGAGCUAGGAGAGCUCAAUUCACUUUUAUUGCUAAACUUAUCUCACAAUAGUCUCAAUGGUCAAAUCCCAUCAUCAUUGGGGAAAUUAGCAGAACUCGAGUCAUUAGAUCUCUCAUCAAACAAGCUUGAAGGCAGGAUUCCAGAGCAAUUGACAAAGCUGACGUUCCUAUCAGUUUUGAAUCUUUCACACAACGAACUUGUCGGCCAUAUACCUGAAGGGAAUCAGUUCAGUACUUUCUCAAAUGAUUCCUACAUUGGGAACUCGGGGUUGUGUGGAUUCCCAUUGACAAAGAAAUGUGAAGAACCAAGACCACCUUCAUCACAAUUUGAUGGAGAAGAUGACUCUAUAGCAGUCUUUGAGUGGAAGUUUGCAUUGGCAGGCUAUGGGUGUGGACUGGUGCUAGGACUUAGUCUGGGAUACAUUUCCUUCACUAUUGGAAAACCAUGGUGCAUAGUGAAGAAAGUGGAGAAAUAUCAACAGAAAUUAGUUGCAAGGUGCAAGCAGGUGUGGUUGAUUUCCAACUCCAGGGAGAUCUAGCAACAAUUGCUUCUUGAGUUUGUUUCCAUCUUUUCAUGUCCAUUGUUGAUAUAUAGUUGUAUUGACUUGUGUGGGAAUUAUGGUUAUGUAUGAAUUUGUGUUGAUUUCUUUUGGAUUUCAUCUAUCUACUCUGCACGCAGUUGCUCAUGUAUUUUUCCUAGUGUAAUUUGUUUCUAUUGAUGUUAUCUCUUCAUAUUUUCUUCUCUCUUCUUUUGUUUUCGUUGUCUUUGAACGAUGUGUUUUACUGAAGUAAAAUGUAAAAUUCUUU